AGGCGGACGUGACUUUUCAACGAGGAAAUCUCGCCUCUCUGUUUCAGGGAUGAACGCGCUGCUGGUGAAGGGGUUGCUAACGUUGGUGUCGGUGGCGGCGACCAUGCGGGGCACCACGGUGCUCGGAUUCUCCGGCGCGACACUGGUUAUGGAUCAGGACAUCCCUUCGAGGACCUGCAAGUACAGCAGAGCGUACUCGAUGAUUCAGGUGCGUUGCGCGAAUCUGGGCCUCGAGUGGAUUCCCUCGAAUCUGAAAACGGAAAUUCAGAUCAUGGACGCGUCGGUGAACAGAGUGCGAGUGUUGACGAACGACAGCCUGGCGGCGUACACGAACCUCGCCUACCUCUAUUUAGGCGACAAUUUCAUCCAGGAGAUCCAAGAGGGGGCGUUCGACAAUCUGCGUUACCUGAAGGUGAUCGACCUGUCGACGAACGGCUGCGACACCCUGCCCAAGAGCCUCUUCCACUUGCCCUAUCUGCAGAAGGUUUAUCUAGCGAAGAACAGGCUGAGCGACGACCUGUUCAAGGACGUGCAGGUGAGGUCCCCGCUUAUCUUCCUGCAGCUGUCGAAGAACAAGCUCGGCAAGAUACCGCAGCUGGGCCCGGUGCCGACGUUGAUGCACCUGAACCUCUCGGGCAACAGUAUCAGCUCCGUCACUCCAGAGGACUUGGCCCCCUACUGCUCCCUCAAGAUCCUCGACCUGUCCAAGAAUCCGAUCAAAUUCGACGCGAGCAACUGCGAGUGCGAGACGCUGAACGCGUGGCUGAGCGUCCGCGGGAUUCGCGCGCGACCAGUUUACAAUUGCACGGAGGAGCAGGAAAGAUGCACCAGACAGCCAGAGUUCAGCAAUAAAACGAUGGAACUGUACGGGCGGUGCUCGGAGAUCCUGCGGUUGCAAGUGGAGACGGAGAAGGCGAGGAACACGUGGAUAUUGAUCGCCUGUUGCAUCUCCGGCUUCCUCUUCUGCCUGUUCGUCGGCCUGUUUUGCGUGCACAAGCGAAACAAACGUAGGAAGAAGAAGCUGAAGGAACAGCAGAGGCUGAACGCAAACAACGCCAACACCGAACUGCUGAACAGCAAUUUGAAUCAGCCGGAGAACACCUGAGGUGUCCCAGUCACGAAUCGUUUUCGACUCCGUGAAAAGUGAGAGAGGAAAAGAAAUGAAGAAGAAGAACAGACGAGAGAAGCGGACGGUCGCGCUAGCUCUCGUCUGAAACGAGAAAAUAACAUACAACGUGUCGGGAGCAAGUUUUCCUCCAGGACGUGUACCCUGACACGAUGUAUGCACGCGGAAUCAUCUUUGUCGCCAUCUAUCGGCGAACGCUGAAAACACAGAAGCGGCGGUCCCCCAUCAGAACGUAGAUAGAUCGAAAAUUUGUUUUACAAGGCUUCGCCUUGUUCGAGGCGAUCGAGAAUGUGCUGCUUCGUGUGUAUAUACUACUGGGGGCUUUAAACGAAACGUCGUCCACUCUCUCUCGUCUGUGCUGCGAUGACAAAUUCUACGCCGUGGAGGAAUAUUAGGUUGCAGAAAUCCGAUCGAAAAACACACGUCCGCCUACGAAUCUCUCUGGUGUAUUAACCCCCCGAUCGAUCGAAAGCUCUCGUCUCUCUCUCGGUUUUAUUCGAAAUUCGCUGGUCGAUUUGACGAAACCGGUUGAAGCGGAAACGAAGAAAGGCUUAGUUAUAGUAAUUGCAACGAUUUUUUUUUUUUUUGUCUUUACAAAAGAAGACGAGACACAGAGCAAAAAGUGUUUAAAGGUCAUAAAUAAUCAUCAUGUUACGAGAGGAAACGAUGCUCGAAUUGUUCUCGACCGGCGAGAUUACACUCCGAUUUUAUCGGCAAUCUGCCGAGUUUAAUUGAAAACCGAUAUCCCAAAUAUUUUCGUCGCUUCUCUCCCUUGUUUCUCUACAACCAUCGAAUGCGCAACGCGAUAUCGAAAUUUCGAUAAACGCACGUGUUAUCCCGCAAUCAUUGGAAUCGGCACGAGGGAUAUACGUACGUACCGAAUACCAUAUCCAACCGAUCCAAAUACGUAAUAAAUGUCUUGAAACGAGAGAUUCGCGAAGAUCGAUCGUGCUUUUAAUCCAAACGCUUAAUUGACGUCUCAUCGAUAUAUACACAUACGCGUACGAAGCAACCCCAUUAAACACGUUGUAUGAACGAUUUUCGUUUUAUCCAGAGACGAUCGUUUGAUGAACGCGGCGUCGGGUUCGAUCGAAUUUUCAGCAGAGAAUAUUCCUUUCCUUGCGUCGCGUGAAACCGUGUUUUUGUAGAUACGUCUAUGCAUAAGCUGUACUACGUGUGUAUAUAUGUAUAUACUUAUUAUAUAUGCAUAUAUAUACGUAUAUAUUUGCGCAAGAAACCGCGCACACACACACGCACACGCACAUG